AUGACAAACAUAUACAUUCAUCUCAUCUCUACAAUUCUUUGCAGAAAUGUUCUUGAAAUAAAAGAAUCUGAAUGUAGGGUUCAUUCCCAAGCUGAAGAUCUGAAAGGUUCAUUGGAUGAACAGAGUCAAGAGUUGAGAGUCAAAGCUGCUAUUAAGGCUGAGGCUGCUUGCCAUCAAAGGCUUUCUGCUACUGAAGCUGAAAUAGCUGAAUUAAGAGCUAAACUGGAUGCUUCUGAACGAGAUGUUUUUGAGCUUAAAGAAGCCAUCAAAAGUACAGAUAAGGAGGCUGAGGUAUAUAUUUCUGAAAUCGAGCUGGUAUCUGAGAGUGAAGACAAAGGAAGCACAGCUUUCUGCUAUCCGAGAAGCAGGCACUGGCAAAGCACCUUCAACAAGUUGAUGCAUCAGUGGAAUCAUAUGAAAUAUAAUGUGAUUGAGGCAGUUAGAUCCACUAAAGAAGACAGACAUCUUGCAAUCAAUCUUGAAAGUGCACUGUUGGAAUUAAUGGAUGCUGAGAAGGAGUUGAAGUGGCUUAAAUAUGCUGUUUCUACUUCUCAGGAGAGUGAAAGGAAAAUGCUCGAGGAAGAGCUCAAGGAGUUGAACAAUAGAGUUGCUGAGUUGACUUCUGAAACUGGCGAGGCUGCAAUACAGCGACUGCAAGAUGAGAUAAAAGAUUGCAGAAGUAUGCUCAAGUGUUGUGUGUGUUCGGAGCGGCCUAAGGAGGUUGUGAUUGUGAAAUGCUAUUAUCUAUUCUGCAAUCCACGAAUACAAAGGAAUUUAGAGAUUCGCCAUCGGAGAUGCCCUGGAUGUGGAACUGCAUUUGGUCAGAAUGAUGUUCGGUUUGUUAAGAUAUGAACAAGCCUCAUAUUUUGUAGUCAAAGGUAGGUUUAACUUGUACUAGACUACUAGUUAUCAUAGAAGCCUGAUAUCCAGAGUUGAUUCCCUGAUGUGGGAACUCAUGAUCUCAUGUAACAGGAUUGAAGAUGAUUUUUUUCUUCCCAUGUAAUCAUUUACCAAUCAUGUAUCUGUAAAUAUAGAACACGAAAACGAAAAGCCCUAGGUGGUAUUGUUCCAGAGUUCA